AUGAGUACAACAGUAGAGCCAAAGACCAAGCUCUUAAACAUUCUUGGCCUUACUACUGGUUUCCUCACAAAUCCCAAAAACCAUUCAGAACAGAUUCACAAAGUUGCCUGGGAUGAGGUAACAUUCCUAGUAGAGUGGAAGCUAUCUGGCCCCAAAGAUAAGCCAGAAAGUGCAAGGGCUGCAAUCUAUGAAAAUAGGAGAACUGGAGACGUUAAUCUCAAGUUCGAAGGACCAAGAAGAAGUGACAUAACCCUCAAAAGCUUGAGAAGUGACAACCCCAGAUUACUCAGGAGAUGUAAUACUUACAAAGAAAGAAGAGAAAAGAAAGAGAGAGACCAUUUCUCUUCUCUGCUUCCUGAGCCGCCGUCGUCGGAGCAAGAUAUCAACCACACUGACAGUGCUAGAGAGAUGUUUAAGCCUUUAUCUGACUUAGGCAUUCUGUCUGAAGUGGCUGUCUUCACCAUUGUGAUCACUCUCUACUCCGGUUCGCGAAAGGCCGAGAGUGCUCUCAAGGUCUACCACCACAUGAUAGCCUCUGGUGUCAAACCUGUCUCCUACACUUACACUCAACUAACCUGUGUACUUUCAACAGAUUUUUCCAAAGCAAAGUACCUUAGGUAUGCCAAGAAGUUUUUUCUAGAAGCGUUGGAUAAGGGGAUGAAGCUCAAGCGUACACCCUUCUGGAAUGUUAUGAAGGCCAUUGCCUAUCGAGAGCCACUGGAGAAGUUCAAGGAGUUCCUAGAGCAGCUAAAAGCCAAGGGGUUCAUUCUUCACGACAAUGGUUUUUACUACAAAGAAGCCUACCUCGCCGAAGCAAGGGAAACUCUGAAGAUGUAUGCUCAUCUUGUACACAAUCACACCGUUGACGUGGAUGUGAGAAGUUACUUCUACAUGAAGAGCGCCUUCCCUGACCACAUCCAGAAACUGUCAAACAAGAUGUACACUGCUUUGAUAGUUGAUGGAAAUUUUCACAAGGCCAUAGAGUUCAGUAAGGAAAUUGAGGAGACGCAUAUAGAGCCCAUGGUCGUAAUCCACACUUCCGUUAUUAAAGCCUACCUCAAGUUCAGCAAGACCAAGGGUGCUCUGGAGGCAUACCUGGCCAUGUUAGCUGCGGGGGUUGCUCCCAACUCCGUCACUUACACCGUUUUGAUCAAGGGACUCAGUGCGAACCCCGAUUUCAUUGGAGAUGCCAAGAAGUAUUUGCUUGAGAUGAUGGACAAGGGAAAGCGGCCUAAUGCUGCUACAAUCACUGCAGUGAUAGAAGGCUUUGCAAAGCAGGAGGACAAGGCAGCUGAGGAGGAGGGAAAAGAGUUUGUGCGGGUAAUGAUGGAUAAGGGGUUUGUGCCUAAUGUGAAGGCAAUGAUGGAGGUUUUAAGGGGUAGACCAACAGCGGUAAUUAGAAGGGCCAUGAGUGUUGUCCUUUCCACCUUGAAGCAGUGAUGCUCUUCUUCCUGGAUGUUAUUCCAGCAAGUUUUAG